AUGGAUCUCCUGCAGGAAAGAGAAAAAACAGCCAGACUCAACGGGGACAAAGACGCAAGUGCGGCCAUUUUAGUGGAAAUAGUGGAUGCAACAAAGACCCCGCAGGAGACUGUAGAAGCAAUUAGGCAAAUGGCCAGGAAGAAGGGGCAGCUCAAAGAGGCGCUGAGCACUAUGAUACACCACGCAUACAGGAAGUACAUUUCUCUCUCCCCCGUGGAGAUAGAGGAGAACUCGUACGAAACAGUCCGGCUGAUUGACAUAGGCCAUGCGUACGCGCAGGCGGAGGAGAAGGCGCCCCCCUCGGAGGACAAGGAUGAGUUUCUGGACUUUUUGGUGCUUCUUCUCACGACAGUCGUUGAGGGCCGCAUAUACAUGGAGGAGCUGAGAAUAUUCAUAACCGACGCAAUAAAGCAGAUAUACGUUAAAAGGGGAGAUAUGAAAAAAGCACUGUCUUACGUGUAUCCCGUGCAUGUGGAGACCUUCUCCUCCGUCUCCAUGAAGAGAAUCCUGCAGUACCAGCUGGAGCAGCUCCGAAUAGCUAUUCUGGCGCGCGAGUACGGGCAGGCCAUUCUUGUCUCGCAGCGCAUGAGCAUGAAGCAGCUGGAGACUGAGCCUGAGCUGGCCGACUACCACCUCAACAGAAUGCUUUUCAUCCACAUCCACAGGAGCGAGUACUACAAGAUCGCGUGCAUCUUCAACACUUUGCGGAUAAAGGACGAGGCAGCCAGCAAGACAGAGUCCAUAUACUCUGCACUUGCGAUCCUGUUCUGCAUACUGGACAUCCACAGUGCAGAGUCCAAGCAGAUUCUUGUUGCGAACAUCAGCAGCAAAAUAUGCCAAAAUGACACGCGCGUGCUUGGGGAUGCAUUCACCAACAACCUGCUCAUAACGGAGGCCAUCUACAGCACCCUGCACACAAUCCAGGAGAAGUACGGCAUCCAGGGAAUAGUCCAGCAGUACAUACCAAAUAUCCGGGAGAGAGUCAGCCAGUACAACAUCAUAGUAAUCAGCAAGUACUACAGCAGAAUAGAGAUAGCCCGAAUUGUCGAGAUAUUAAAGAUGCAGCCCGAUGAAUUCGUCGAAAUUAUCGUCGAGAUGAUCCGCAGUAAGCUCGUGGAGGGCACCAUCUCCCAGAUCGAGGGCAUAAUUGAGUUCAAGAAAGAGACGAACACCGUCGAGAGCUGGAACAGAAACAUAAACGCCUGCCUGGACGCAGUCAUAAAAAUCACGCACAGCCUCAACAGUGCAUAG